AUGCUCUCAUUCGUGGACAAUUGGCGUUGCGGUCUUUCUACUGUCGAGGAGUUAUCGGAGUAUAGAGGUUUGCAAGAAAUGAUUCCUAAAUGCUCUUUUUCGGGUGGCAAGGAUAGCUGGGUCUGGAAUGCCGAUUCGAGUAACAGUUUUUCAGUGCAGAAUGUUAAAAAGAUCCUCAUGAAUGACCGUAAUGUUAGGAGAGUCCAUAAUAUGGUUUGGACCGGGUGGGUUCCGUUAAAGGUGAAUAUUCAUGCUUGGAGACUCGAUAUGGAUCGCCUUUCGACCAAGAUAAACCUUCGCAGAAGAAAUAUUAACGUGGGAGAUGGCUCGUGUGUUCUUUGUCAGUCGGUAGAGGAGUCGGCCUUGCACCUUUUCACCGGGUGCAUUGUGUCGAGUGGUGUGUGGCAAGGGAUAGAAAAAUGGCGUUGUUUGGGUCCGAUCUUCCUUUUUGAUAUCAAAGACAUCUUCUCCUUGCCUUCGACGAUUCCAGGUACUAAUACGAAGAAGAAAAUUAUUAGAAGGAUUGUGAUGACGACUUGUUGGGUCAUUUGGAAGUCUCGUAACAAGGCGGUUUUCGAAGAUGCCAAGCCUCUGGUUUGUGAUAUGAUUGCAUGCAUCAAAUCUUGGUCUUAUUUGUGGUUUCGUAGUAGAUCUAAAGUCGAUAACAUUAGUUGGAAGGAUUGGUGUAGAUACCCAAUGUAUAUGUUGUAA